AACAGGAAACAACCGGUGGCGUUUGAAAUUUAACGUUCUUUUUAAAUCUCCCUUGGCGUUCAUUUAAAUCACGCUCUCGCCUCGUUACUGCUCGUCAAGUCGUCACAGAGGAUUCACGUUAAUCAACGAGUAUCAUCGAACAUUUGCGCAAACUGGGUUCACGUUGAUCGUUCGGUUCGAAUCGGUCUCGAUUCAUUAAAAAAUUUUUAGAAGUCGGUCGUGCACUCGAGAACACGCACUAUUUACUCAUCUAUCAUGUCGCAUCUAAGAUUUAUGAAGGAGCUCGACAAUCUGACUCGCAUGGACGACCCUAUCAAAGGUGCGGUCCCGCGAUGGCAAAAGAAAUGCAUGGAGACAUCAAAUUUGAGCUCUAAUCUCAGUUUAAACUCGUCAAAAAAAAUUACCUCCUUUACAAGCAGUAGCAGUUUUACUGGAAAAACCCCAACAAAAAGAAAUGAGAACUGCAAGACCAAAAAAACCCCCUCCAAAUGCACUAAGAAAUCUCCAAGUCGAGCCACUACUCCAGCCAAGACACCCAGUGGUGGUGACAGAUUUAUUCCAUCAAGAGCCACAACCAACUUUGAAUUGAGCCAUUUCAAGAUUAUUCAACAACAGAAUGCGGAACAAGAUAGGGACAAAGUUGAUAAAACAAGCCCUAUGAAGCGAGAGAUGCAACGUCUCAUAGGAGAAAAUCUUCAUGGUGGUGAUAUAAACAAUACGCGAGUUCUAUCUUAUCAGACUAAGGCACCAGCGCCACCAGAGGGAUAUCAGAAUCCUCUGAAGGUCCUCUACAGUCAAGCCAAGACGCCGGCUAGCGUCAGAGCUUCCACGCGAUACAUACCGCAAGCUCCUGAUAGAAUACUGGAUGCACCUGAGAUCAUCGAUGAUUAUUAUCUAAACUUAGUGGAUUGGUCGAACAAUAAUAUCUUGGCUGUAGCGCUAGGCGCUAACGUUUAUUUGUGGAAUGCGGGUACUGGUACUAUAGAGCAGUUAUUUGAAUUAGAAGCAAACGAUUACGUGUGCUCCGUCGCAUGGAUUCAGGAAGGUCCAUAUUUAGCAGUAGGUACUACAAUAGGCAAUACAGAAUUGUGGGAUUGCAGUCAAAUGAAGAGAAUGCGUAUAAUGAACGGGCAUGUAGCCAGAGUUGGUUCUCUCGCCUGGAAUUCCCAUGUACUGUCAAGUGGUUGCAGAGCUGGUAAAAUAGCGCAUCACGAUGUUCGAGAACGAAAUCAUUUGAUCUCGACUAUAAACGCACACGCCCAAGAAGUGUGUGGCUUGAAAUGGUCUCCCGAUGGACAGUAUUUAGCGAGCGGUGGCAACGACAACAUGCUACAAAUUUGGUCGUCAAUUUCUGGGCAAAGGCACUCUCAGACGCAACCUAUUUAUUCGUUCAAUCAGCAUCAAGCUGCCGUAAAAGCGCUCGCCUGGUGCCCUUGGCAAAACAAUAUACUCGCGAGCGGUGGCGGUACCGCCGAUCGGACCAUCAGGUUUUGGAAUUGUAACUCAGGUGCCUGUUUGAAUACGAUAGACACGAAAUCUCAAGUCUGCGCUUUGCUAUGGUCUUCGAACUACAAAGAGAUCGUCUCGGGACACGGGUACGCACAAAAUCAACUGACAAUCUGGAAAUACCCGAUAAUGACGAAGCUCGCGGAACUUACUGGGCACACUAGUCGCGUUUUGCAUUUAGCUAUGUCUCCAGACGGAACUACAGUUCUUAGCGCCGGUGCUGAUGAAACAUUAAGACUUUGGAAGUGUUUUAUAAUGGAUCCUCAAAAAAAGAAAGAAUCUACCGAUGUAAAAUCGGUCGCAUCAAGAUUAAAACAAUCAAUUCGAUGAAACAAUCAAUUAAAUAAAAUGUAACGCAUGUUGCUUAACAAUCAUUUCAGUAUUUAUUUUUCUGAUUGUACGUGAUCGGCGUGUGAUUUAAAUAGAAAUAAUAAUAUGACACAUGGUCGAAUAUUGUCGAACAUAGAAAUAUUGACGUAUCAAAUUGAUUAAUCUUUUAUAUAGAAACAAAGAAAUGCAAAAGUAAAUAAUUGAUGUCGCAGAUACGGAAUUGCAUUUGGGGGAUGCAUGCGUUCUUUGUAGAGAAAAUAGAUAUAAGAAAAUAUUGUUAAAUAAUCUAAAGUACAAACAAGUUUGCAUUAAUGCAUUACAUCUGUAACUUUAUUACACAAAAAAAUUUAGAUUUUAUAAACGGAAUUAUUCCUAGAAUAAUUGUAAAUGUGAAGAAUAAAUGAAUUUUUUUAUAAUAAGUUGAGAAA